AUGUGGCUUGGAUCUCUACGAUCGCACAGCUACUUGUUUAGAGAGAUUGUACCUAAAUCAUUGAUCAAUACCAGGUGAGAAGAGCUCGCACACAUUUUUACAUUUUUAAAAAAUAGAAGCAAACCCUCUCAUGUAGUGCUUAUGUUACAGGUAAAAAUCAAAUUCAGAUCAAAGUUUUUUAACCUAGGCUUACUAGGUUGAUUCUCAAUUUGCUUUGUCUCCUAUCCCUCUUUCAUGAAUAAUUAGGGCUAGGAGUCAAGGAAAAUUUUGAACCUAGGAUCAAAAAUUUUGACCUGAAUUUAAUUUGAACCUGUUAACAUUUCAAAAACCUGUACUUCAGUCGUUUAUUUUAAGGUCAUUCAGUAAAUUGUGAAGUUUAAACAGAACAUAAUUUUUUUAUGGUCAUAUCUUUGUGAAAAUAAAAAUGAUAUGAACUGGCCUCUCCAAGAUUAAAGAAACACGUACAAUUUCUAUUCCAUCUCUUUGGAGGGAGAUGGGACAGCUGGGACCUAGCUCGAAUCUUACCACUGAAUCAGGGGCGGAUCCAGGAUUUUUCUUAAGAUGGAGUGCACCAUUAUCAUUGUGAUAAUCAUGAUUAUUAUUAUAUUAAUCAUAGCAGUUUAAUAUUAGGAAGGUCAUAAGUACUUUAAAAUGUUAUCAAGUUUUAAGUAUGUCGAAGUGUUUAAUAGUCUUGGUAAAGCCCAAACUGUGAUUUUACGGAAUGGUUUAAAAAACUUAAUGCAGAUAAUUAUUCUUUCACUAAUAUUCAGGAUAUAGGUUUCUUUAGCCUCCAAAAUUUGAGUGAAAAUUUAACCGUGUCUAUAUCAGAUAAAAAUUAACUGUUAUCUACUAUAAUAAACAUUACAUUCAUAUUUGUAUUUUUUUGGACUAAUGAGUUUUUGAAUAUCGAAAAUUUUAAAUCAGGCCAGGAAGACUUUUGUCAUCCUCCAUUCUUCAUGCGAACAAGAAUUCCACCUCCCAGGAAGGGCUCAGUUCGGACUCAUCUGUACCAAAGCAAGCACAAGUAGUUGUUUGUGGAGGUGGAAUUGUUGGUUGUUCAGUAGCAUAUCACCUUGCUAAACUUGGAUGGAAAGAUGUGUUGCUAUUGGAACAAGGAAGGUAAAGCUUUAGAUAUUUAUCUUUAGCUUCAGGCUUAUUUUUUUUUAGAUAAAUAAGUAAGCUUAAGUAAUCUAAAGGUUAUUCCAGUGCACAUUAAGAACUCUAGCAAAUAAGCAAUUCCUAUGUCAAAAUUUGGACAGCAAACUUUUGUUUUCCAUGUAAUGUGACCAGAGUUCAUUAUUAAGUCACUGUCCCAGUUUUCCUCUCUUCAUAAAAUUUUGAAAAGAAUAUCAAAAGUAUUAUGAAGAAUUAAUAAAUAGAGAAUAUUACACGGUGGCGAGAAGAUAUGAAUUUUAUGUUCGAGUGGCAAGAACAAUAUCUCACGACGAGCAGCGCUCACUCGUGAGAUAUUGCUCUUGCCACGAGAACAUAAAAUUCAUAUCUUCGAGCUAACGUGUAAUAUUCUUUUUAUUAUAUAAACAUACUGAUGACAGCGUUUUUGAUGAUUUUUUCCGAAGAUUUCCCACCACCUUCCGAAGAUUUCCGAAGAUUUUUCAAAUUGUCCAGAAGACCAGACGAACGUUCCCGAACAUUUUCCGAGAAUUUCCGAAAAUUUCCAAAGAUUUCCGAAGAUUGCCAAGCACUUUCGAGGAAGACCCGAAGAUGUUUCGAUGAUACACCAACGAAUUUAAGUACAAUUUAAGAGACAAACCUGACGUCAGUGAAAUUAUCGAUAUCUUCACAUGUAAAAAUAUCAUAUCUUUACGUGUGUUCAGAUACCACAUUUCUCGGUGGUACAAAUCCUUGAAAAACAGUUGCAGUUUAUAUAAUAAAUAACUAUAUUGAAUCAUUGAAGGGUUUGUCAACCCGGUUACAGUAGGGUUAAGUCUGCCAGAAUCAGGUAUAAAGCAAGGCUUUCAAGAGAUCUGAGAUUUUUCAACAGCUCUGAUUUUUAAUUUCUUGGGGUAACCUUCUUUUUUCCAGUUUAACCUGUGGAACUACAUGGCAUGCUGCUGGCCUUUUGGGUAAACUACGUUCAUCUGCUGCUGAAACCAAACUGUCAAGUUACUCAGUGGAAUUGUACAGCACGUUAGAAGAGGAGACUGGUGUAGGAACUGGUAAGGAGCUUAGCUACAAUACAGUCACAUGACUGUUGGCUGUGCAUGUCAGACUGAGUUUGUAUCUAACAAAUAGACAACAAUUUUCCAUGGUCUAUUAUUUGUGGAAUUGUACAGCACCUUGGAACUUCUUGAUGUGCUCUUUUGUGUGUUUAGGUUUUCUAAUAAUUAUAUAAGCAUCUUUAUUAAAUGCCCUGUCAUCUAAAUAUUCAUACAAUUUUAAAACCUUGAUGCCAUCUUGGCACUGAGACGUACAGAACGUUGCCAUAGCUGAAAUUUCACGCCAAAAUUAACGAGUAAUUUGUCACCCAUGAUAUUAAUGGGUGUAUUGGAUAAUAAAUGUGACAACUGUUAUAAUGAACAGUUCAUUCAGCUCCACAUGCACAACACAGUGCAACACAACAAAUUUUAUCCUGUCCAAUUGCCAGGUUUCAAACGUUGUGGUGGACUAGUUGUUGCACAGACCAAGGAUCGCCUAACCUUUUUAAAGAGAAGAGCAGCCAUAGGCAGGUAUGUCGAUGAUGACUUCAGUUACCACCAAACCUGCAAAGUAAUAAAUUGGUCUCUCCAGCCCUCUUAUAAAUACAUAUAGGCAAUCUACCCCUUCAAGCCAGAUAGGUUAGACAAACUGUAUCUAGGCUAGACAAACUAGAUUUCUUCUAGGACUGUUCGUUUAAUAUUCCCUUGUACCCGCCUUGAAUAGCCUUCACUAAUUGCAGGCACAAGCUUUGUAAGCUAUACUUAAUUUGAAAAUAUAUAAACUUCUUGUUGUUGUUGUUUGUAUGUUGGUUGUCUGCUUACAGUAAGUUCAUUUAUUUCAGUGUAUUAAAAGAAUAUGUAGCUUUUGUUUUGUGUUGGGUUUGUAUAUUGUUGUUUAAGGUAAACAAACUCCUAUUUAACCAAGAGAUCACAGCACAUGGUUUGCAUUGUAUUUCACAGAGCCCAGAAUAUUGACACUGAGGUGUUAUCAACAGAUGAAAUACAGAAGAUUUUUUCACUUGACAUUAGAACUGACGACCUAGCGGUGAGUGCCAUCUAGUAAUAGUUGGGUAUCCUGUGUCCCAUUUACUCCCUUGGAUCACAAAAAAGAAACAUGGCCUGUUGACACAUUGUCUGAGCCUUAUGUCCUCUGUAUGUAAUUAGCUACACAGGAGACAUGAAGAACUUUAAGUAUCGCUAUGCAGCUACACAUGUUGUUGCCCAGAAACUGAAUUUUAUUUUUCUCUUUUAAAAAGUAAGACGUCAAAUAUAUAGGCAUGUACCUCCAAAGUAACAACCAUAAACUCCUCGCAGUUUGGGUGGUCUCUCACGGAAGAUUCAGGGGGACCCAACGUCAAUUUUCGGAAAAUAACUGUUCGGAAGACGAUUUGAGAUCUAGAAUUUUCGGAACAUUUGUUGAAAGAUUUCUUGCUUGCCUGCCUCUUCUAAGAUCUUCGAACAUCUAAAAAAUGGUAUAAUACCCUAAAAACGUCACCUAGGAUUUUCGGAAGCUUUUUUUCUGGCUGAAAUUUUCGAAAAGGUAAGUUUUGAUCACUAGACUUUCAGCUAGGAGAUCUGAACAGAUGAAAAAUUUUUAGGGGAUAAAAAUACGUCAAUAUCUACCGUUUAAACACUAAAAUACGUUUAACAAUGCUAUGUUUAAGAGCCGUUGAACUAUAUUCUUGUUGGGUGCCCUUGAAGGUCUGAUUGUAUGAUGAUGUAAAUCAAGUGUUUUUGUUAUCGGUAGGGUGGUCUUUGGAUCCCCAGUGAGGGUGUAGCAACUUCCACUGAUGUCUGCCAAGCACUUGCUAAAGGAGCGUCUUUAAAUGGUACGUCAUGCAUUAGCUUACAUCUUAUGAGUGUCUGUAGUAAUUUUUCUAAAUAAUUUGCGUCACCCUUUGGUCGAGUUCCUACGGGAGUUAGAAUUCAUAUCUUUAACCAGACCCCACAAUACAAGGGACCUCCAUAGACUUUCUAAAAGAGGUCGACUAGUAGUAAGUCUAGCAAGUCUAGGACCUCCAGUAAUCGAUUCUCAGUAAAUAACGACUCGAAGUAAUCGGAUGAAAUUCAGGCCAAUUCUCAGUCCCAUCGGAAAAAAAUUUUGAACUCGCUGAUUUGUUUUCAGGUGUGAAAAUUUUUGAAAAAGUUACAUUAGAAUCAAUUUUGACGGAUGGCAAAUCUGUUACUGGAGUGGAGACAAACCGUGGACCUAUCAAGUGUGAGAUAUUGGUCAAUUGUGGUGGCCAGGUAAUGAACGGUAUUUUUUUGUUAAAAUAAUUUCAUUUUAGGGCCCUUCCGCACAAAAAAUUUACAAAAUUUCUUUGUCUCUAACAAAAGGAAUGACAGAAUUUACCUUUACCAAAGUUUUACGUGUCUUCCACUCCCCUACCCGGGCUCCAGAGGUCUGUUCUCGAAAUACAUUAAGAUGAAAUAAACUGUGUUUCCUCUGUCCACCCCCUCCUUCCCUUCAGUGACUGAACAAUAACAAAAGUUAUGACUUAUUGACGAGAUCAAACAAAACUAACUACGAGAGAACAACUGGAGAACUGACAAUUUGACUAACAAUAGACGACUGUUUAACUGUGACAAUAGACGGAUCGAAACGCACCAAUUACUGAUUGCGAGUCUUCAUAGCCAAUAACAUCACGGCUUAACUGACAGACGACCAAUAACAUCGCGACAUAAUUGACCAAUCAGAUCAAUAACCAGAGUAUAAUACCAUCAACUGACGUGAUACAACUCACUUUGACUCUGAAGAUGACUACCGCACAGGUUGUCGAAACGUCAGUCACUGUCAACAACAACAGUCCUAUUCAGGACUACGUUCACCCGGACGAUCAAACUCAACCUUUUGAAAUAACAAUAGUUUCGCCUAAAAACCAAGCAACUACGUGCAAACCGAGAUUUUGAUUGGUUGACGGUUCUAAUUGUUUUUUGACGUUUGAAAAAAGUUUGUCAAGUUUCGAAGAAAGUCGACGGCACUGCUUUUUUUGAAACGAAAUUUGACUUUAUGUGGCAUGAUUGCUCAUACUUUUGGUUGUUUCACCAAUGUAUGCAUUGAUCUGCAUUGUAUGUAAUGGAUUUUUAUAGAAUCCUGUUUUUUUUCUUUUUUUUCAUUUAAUAGUGGGCAUGGGAGAUCGGCCAGGUGAGGGAAUAAUUUUAGAUUUUUAAUUUAAGACCUUCAUUCUUAAACAUCGUUGAGGCUUGAUUUCCUUUUGACAAAGAGGUCAGGAAAUUAUUUUACUGGCUCAAAAGGCCUUAGCUUUCGUUAAUAGAACCCGUAUCUAAUUACCAGAUCAGGAGAUUGAUGGCUUGUGCCAUGGAAGCGGUCAAACGAAAGUUCUGAAGCGAGAGUGAAAACGGAGUGUGGUGUGAAAAUCUUACGCGGGCGCUUAGCUCCUUCAAACUCGAUUUUGAGAAAAAACCCGACUGUCUGCAGUCGACCUUAUUACUGGAAGCCACUUUACAAAUUAUCGACACAGAUAAUAUAGGGUGUAAACCAAUAUAUAUGCCGGGAGCGUAAAAAUCCUUGUUCAUCAUACAUAUAGAUAAGGGCUAUAGAGGCAGCAAAAAUAAACAAUGUGAGUGUUACAAUCUUUCGAUGAUAGGGAAUCAACAGCUUAGUCCCUUAGUCCCUAGGCGUUCUCUCUUGCCCCGUUGUCCGCGUGAAGUCUGGGAAAGAGCGGGCGAGCGAACGAGCAUCUCUCGGUGACGUCACAGCCCACGAUAGAGUCCAGGAUUGACCGAGCCGCGAACGCCUAGGGACUAGGCCUAAAGAAUCAAAAUGUUGAAAGUAUCUUCGUUGUUUCAUUGCCGACAGAAAUGCACUCCCAAAGUGUCCUUUCCACUGCACUCUACAGAACAUUUUUACAUAGUAACAAAGCCAAUAGAGGGCGUUUCCUCUACAUUGCCCGUCAUCCGGGACCAUGAUGGACAGAUUUAUUUUCGCGAGUGGAGCGGUGGUCUUAUGAGCGGAGGCUUUGAGAUGGAGGCAAUUCCUGCCUUUCAUGAAGGAAUUCCUAAAGGAUUUGAAUAUCAGCUGCUUCCAGAAAACUGGGAUCAUUUUGGUGGGUUUCUUGAGACAUGCAUGAUGGUAUAAUGUAACAUGAAUUUGUUUGUGUGCAUUGUACGCCGUAACUGACUAACAAAGAAGGCUUAAUUAGUUGCUCUAGGUACUUUCGUAUGACUUUGCGGUUCGCGGUGUUUCAUAUACCAGUUCAUAUACCAGUUCUACGGUCCGUUGUACGAAAUCAGCCGUAUGAAAUCUUCUAAUAAAGUCUGAUAAAAAAAAUAAAAAUCGACAGUAUUUGGUAAAAUUUUUGAACGUUUUUCCGCGGCGGUGGUAAGUUAAACGACAACUACCAAUUUUUGAACGUUUUUCCGCCUAAACAAUGGAAAGGUCCAAUCAAAACGGCUUGUGAUUGACUGAAGUAGGGAGCCUCUUUGUCGACCAGUCAGGAGUAAAACCAAACACUAAUCGUAACUUGCUCGCCUGCGUUUUUUCCGCACUUGGCAGCCGAUGACACGAGUUUUUGCUUCAAGGAUCUGAUUUUUUCAUUUGUUUUUUCGGCGGCUGUUGAGAUUGGUCAGAGUUAAGUAUUAAAUUACUACGGUUUUAUCGGUUUUUCUUUACCGCUGGGUGCGUGUUCCUUAAAGCAAUGAAUCGCUCAGCGUGUUUACUUUCGUUGCUGAACCUGUUAACUUUUUAUCCUUCGCAAAAUAAUCACUUGAAGGAUAUAUGACACAUUUUGCAUUUUUUUAGACGAAUUAAUGAGGAAGAUGCUUCAUCGCUUGCCUUCGAUGGAGAACGCUGAAAUUCGUUACAUGAUCAAUGGCCCAGAGAGCUUCACACCCGAUUCACGAUACUUACUUGGGGAAGUUCCGGAGGUAUUGUAAAGUUAUGUCUCCUUCAGUCCUGAAGGCAAUCUCGCAAUUGCUACCAUUUUGUAGCUUUUCGAAAUUUGAUCGCUUUGUGGUUUUUUCUUACGUGUAAAACUCUUAGUGUUUUAGGGUAAGGACAAUGUAAAAUCAUUGUUUUCAACAGAAAACAGAUGUCUUGCUUAAAACGCGUAGAAAGAUUGGCUUUCUUUUGUCAGAAAUUUAUCUGUAAAAUACCUUUACCAUACUAGCGAAACUGCAUCGAACGCUUUGAUAAAUUAAGAUAUUGCUGUAGCAUCCAUAGGUAAACUAUCAGAAUUUUUCUCUCAGGUGCGUAAUUUCUACGUAGCCGCUGGCUUCAAUUCUGGAGGCAUCGCCAACGCAGGAGGAGCUGGUAUGGCCCUCGCAGAGUGGAUCACUGCGGGGGAGUCCACAAUGGACCUCUCUUCCGUGGACAUACGUCGAUUUGCUCCUUAUCAUAACAACAAACGCUUCUUACAAGAAUGCGUGAAAGAAACACUUAGCUGGCACUACUUGCUACGGUUUCCUUAUUCAGAGAGAAUACGUGCACGUCACAUCAGACGUUCACCGCUGUACUCUGAUCUGAGUGCUGUUGGCGCGGAAUGGGGCGAUAAAAUGGGAUGGGAAGUGGCUAAGUGGUUUAAUCUCCCAGGACAAGGUACAUGAUGUAUGGGAAUCUUCCUCUCCUAAUUAGCUCUUGUACCUCGUGGUGUAGACUUACGAAAGGGUAUGGGUGGGGGAGGAGAAAGCUGACGCGCGAGAAUAUUGAGGGCGUUCUCGCGCGCCCUUCGAUAAUAUUGAAGGCGUUUUUACACGCACAUACGUUUCGAAAUAUUACCACGCAGCUUAUAAACAUGUCAUUGUCACUUCGGCAGCUCAAAUUUCGUGACGAUCACUGAUAAUGUAUCGUCUAACCUGAUCGUUUUUCUGUUUUGUGUGUUUGUACGUGGCGUUGUCGAGUGAUAAUGAAAUAUUCGUAUUGUAUGUUGUUGCUUUGUUUUAGGUCACCCUGGCGAGAAUGGUUUUGGCAAACCAAGUUGGUUAAGCAGCACAGAGGUGGAGUACAAAGCAUGCACUGAGGGGGUUGGUGUUGUUGACUUGACCUCGUUUGGUUUGUUCGAAAUUGAGGUACGGCAUGUGUUUCUCCUCUCUUUAAAAUAACCUUCAUUUAGUGAAAACUUUCCCACAAUUAUCAGUGUUAUAAAUGUUACAUUUAAUUGCAGUCCCCGAAAGACGGAGAAUGUGAGACAUUUCUUCAGUACCUGUGCUCAAACGACGUUUGCCUUCCAGUGGAGCACACUUCACACACAUUGGUACUUAAUAGACGCGGAGGAAUUGAGCUCAGCUGCACGGUGAUACGAAGCACACCCAAUAGGUAGGAUCUUGGAUUUUACAACAAUAUCUUAUUUUUCUCUAAUUGCUGGCUUGAUAUACUUUUAAUCAGGCCGUUGAUAAAUUCGUCACUGUAGAAACGAAAAAAAAAAUGGGCUGAGAUCCAGCGUUUACAACUAGCAGGAUCUUCGUCCACGGUUUUUGCGGUUAAUUAAAUCCUUUAUUGCUGAGAUAAUGUUCGCAAAGACUUCUGGUACUGUAGUUAGGGACAAGGAAAACAUCAGCCAAUAGCUGACUGACGCGUACCGAGUAACGAUUGCGGGACCCAUUUCGGCUUCAGUUCCGUUCUCAUCUCGAUAGUAACGAAUGCGAAAAUUCAAACUUUGAUUUACCAGUACCAUACUCGAUAUGUAGCCCUCGGCACAAGCUUAGGUUUUUCCACUUGACUAUUUGAUUUCCAAUCGGUUGUCCGGUUUUUCAAACCCAUCUCAUAAAGUGACCCUUUAUUCCUUUCUUGCUUGUCACAGAUUUAUCAUUUUCCUGCACGAUGCAGAACGCACUACCAUUGCGCAGUCACUGAUUUCACGGAACAUCCCAGCAGACUCUGCGAUCACACUUCGUAACAUCCAAUCAGCAUUCGCUAUUUUAGGAGCACUGGGUCCUUGUUCACAGACCUUGCUUCAAACUUUGACACAGACUUCAUUAGACGUAAAAGAUUUCCCAGAAAACGCCGCAAAGGUAAAUAGGAUCAUGUGUUAUUAACAAACAAUUAUACUUGUCAUAGGGGAGGGUUAAAAUCUAAAUUACAAUGAUUUUUGUGUUUUGACAGGAAAUCGAUUUGGGUUUUGCGUCGGGUGUGAAGGCCUUCAGAAGCAGUUGUUUCGGCGACCAGAGUAACGACUGGACAUUAUUAGUUCCUUCUGAGGUAAGAAUCAAGCUUAGAAAUAAUGCCAGUUUGCUGACAAUUGAGCUGACUUGUUUUCAAAAAAGAUGUUUUCAGCCUAGCCUUGUAAGGGUAACUUUUAAACGAAAAGAGCUCUUUGAAUGCUCACGCACGGCAUUAACAUGCGCGAAACCCCCAGAAAUCUGGAUAGUGGUGUUAACCAGUCAUUGAGAACUCCCAGAAUUUAUACUCGCUCUUGUUAUUUCUGCAGUUCGCAGUUUGUUUGUACCAGGAUCUGAUGAAUACCGGUAGGGAACUGGGAUCAAAGAAUGUUGGCCGAUUGGCGAUUGAUUGUUUACGAAUUGACAGAGUCGUUCCUAAGAUGGGAAGUGAGCUGACUCCCUUCAUCAGCCCGUGGGAGACAGGGCUGGGAGACAGAGUUCACCUAGAGAAGGUACGAAUUGAAAACAAAUUGAUUCUCAACAUAACUAUUUGCUCCCCGUCUCCACCCCCUGUGGCGUUCGCAGCAACGUCUUCAUCUAAUCGUUCACCUCUUUUCUCUUCAAACAAACUAAGCCUCGCUCUUUUGGGUGUAAUUUUUCUUACGAAAAAAAAAAAGCAGCAAAAAACGUCACCUUUUCAUCUGAGUGGAAUCGUUCACCUUUGUUUUUGUUUUUUGGACCAAACAAACGUUCAAAAGCCUAUCAUUUUGAUUUUUGGUUGCAUUAAUUUUUUAACAAUUUGCCAACAGAAAAAAAAUUUAGCACUUUCACGGUGCUUUGAACAUAAACUGCAGCACUGUUGUUUUUAUCAUUGAUGUUUGCCGCUUUUCAUAACCAGUCCCCUCUAAUAACUAUGCUUGUAUCCUCAUCCCAUUCACGGUGAUCUGGAAGGUCAACUUGAUCGUGGAAAAGUUGCUGUUCCGCUAGUUGCCAAUUUGCAUUCGCCAGAUUUUUGUUGUUUUACAACAAACAACGCACUAGCAUGAGUACCGGGUUUUUCAAACCCCAACAAAGACCUGAUACACAGGCUAAUAACUCAGAAAGAUAAGGAGAGAGAGGUAUUAGUGUAGAAAGGUGGUACACAGUGUUUCGAAGCAUAAAGAAAUAAUCAGAUGUUAGCUCUCCCCUGGGGAGAAGGAAAAAAUGAAGCGCGCAGGGGACGGUGGGAAAAAAGGGAGGAAGCGAGACUCCCGCUUUUCGAUUAUCGCUAUUUUAUUGGAAUACCCAGCGGUAGCCUCUGCCGAGGAGAGAGCGAGAGAGAUCAGAUGGUAGUUAGCAGACACAGGGAGAUAGAUGUGAAAUUGUUGAACAAGACAACUGAGGAUGCACAGGACAACCAUGCCGUUGUCUUCAACACAUAGAAGGUAACAAAGUUAAUCUUUUCCAUUGUUUUUUAAAGAAAUGAACGUUUUCAUCGUUUUUUUCUAAUUAAGACAAUUCACCUACCUAGAUUUUUUAUUAUCUUUUUGUAGAGUUGUGAUUUUAUCGGAAAACAAGCUCUCAUUGAUUGCCGAAGCAAGCGUCAAGAGAAGUCCCUGGCCUAUAUUACCCUUCAAGAUCAUGAUGAUGAUAAUUUUCCGUGGGGUGGAGAGCCGAUCUUAAGAAAUGGCUCUGUAAUAGGAUCAACGACAAGUGUUGGCUACUGUUUCAAGGGAGGUCGGCCAGUGUGUCUAGGAUACUUACAAGGAGACGGAGACGAUCUUUUUGUUCAAGAUGGACGAUUCGAAAUUGAAAUAGCUGGAUGUUUGUUUCCUGUUUCGGUCGCUUUCGACUGA